CUCCACUGCGCCAUGUUAUCCUGGUAAACGGUUCAAAACGUCGUCGCUGCCUUCGGAAGGAGAACCGAAACCCGACCAAAACGCCACGAGCGACCGCUUAAUCAAACCCCGAUAUUUUAUACUCGUUAAGCUUAAAAGUCGUAGCGUCCUCGGCCGGCGGAGCUGCUGGCCGUUUCAUUUCUGUUUUACUCUCUUUCCAUUGGUUUGAAGGCCGCAUCGGCUGCCAUGGAUUUUUAAGGCAUAAUGCGGCACCUCUGAUGCAAAGGCAAUGCAUAGUGCAAGGCAAAAUCGACUGCGAAAUUCCAUUUUCGCAACAGCUAAACAGCUGGGCUCAAAUACCGUCCGCGGUAUACCUGCGAGCCAACCGGUACCGCUGCUGCUGGACCGGAGGAAGCUAACGCUAGCUAGCUAGUCACCUUUAAGCGAGCCGUCGCCUCAUCUGAACGUCGUCAAAAGUGUUUUUAUUUUUCAUUUUUUAAAUAUUAAAAAGAAGACAUGAAGCCUCAAGACGUCAUCGCCGGGAAGGCCAGCCUGUGGAUCUUCGGGUACGGCUCUCUGGUGUGGAAGCCCGACUUCAAGUACAAGCGGAGCCAGGUCGGUUACAUCCAGGGCUACAAGAGACGGUUCUGGCACGGAGACAACUUCCACCGCGGCAACGACGACUUGCCCGGGCGAGUGGUGACGCUGAUCGAAGAUGAUGACGCGAGCACUUGGGGAGUGGCGUUCGAGGUGACGGGCAGCGAGGUCGAAGAGUCCCUGAAGUACCUGAACGUCCGCGAGACGGUGUGCGGCGGCUACGUCACCAAGAUGGUGGAUUUCUUCCCCGAGGGGGGGGAGGAGGAGGAGGAGGAGGAGCAGCAGCCCCCGGUGCAGGCCCUGGUGUACAUCGCCACCACGGAGAACGCCCUCUACCUGGGGCCGGCCAGCUCGGAGGCGAUCGGCGUGCAGAUCGCGGUGUGCCGGGGCAAGACGGGCCACAACCUGGAGUAUCUGCUGCGGCUGGCCGAGUUCAUGAGGAGCAGCUGCCCCCACGUGGAAGACCACCACCUGUUCUCCAUCGAGGCCGCGGCGCUGAGCGUGGCGUCCUAUCUGAUCGCCGCCCAGUAGCUUGCGCCCUUUCACGCUAGCUUGUAUAGUGGAUGAACGAAACACACACACACACACCCUUAAUGCCAGUCCACCUAUGUUUAAUGUUGUGCAAUCUAGCUUCUCACUACCACCCAGUGUACUUGAGCUAUAGUGAUAAUAAAAGGGGAGCAUGAUAUUGGGUCAAGUUUUAUUUUUCCCAACGCAUGACCUCAUGUUUACAUUAUUUUGUUACUCGUGGUGCACGUUUGUACAUCAAAUGUAAGAUGACUGGGUCUCUCCUUUUACCGUAAACACACACUAUCAUGUUUUGUUUUUGCACAGUUCAAAAUCCGUCCAAGGGAUGCAGCGAGUAGUGGUGGUUGAAACGGUUUUCAACAAAAGGUUGUGGCGUAUUUUGAUCAAGUUCAAAAUGCCAAUAAACAGUUGAAAGAG